UGAGUUAUAAUUUUGUGUGCGGCUGAUCGAAACGCAAAGUAAGUGGUUGUGAUAAGAGGUUUCGUAACAAUGCAUCCAAGUAUGAACAACUAGACUUACGGCAUGAAAAGACGCUCCAGUUAACAUUUAGAAUGUAUAGUUUUGAGGGAGAGUUUCGAAGGAGGCCUCAGCAAUCCCUGGGGGGUGCGAGUCGGGCAGUCGCGAGGGAAGAACUGCUCAAGAAGGCGCAAGUCGAGCGCAAUCAGAGGGAGGAGAAGCGUCGAAUCGUGCAGUCUGCCAUCACCAUUCAAUCUUUCGUCAGGGGCUCCUUCUCGAGGCAAAGAGAAAAGCGAAUAAGUCGCGCGGAAUUCGACGAGACACUCAAAAGUCAAAACUCCAGCGAUGACCUCCUCCACUACCAAGUCGGCAAGUUAUUGCAUUUCUACAACGAGCUUGAAGACGUCAACCGAUUGAACUUUGUGCUGCAAUCUUUCUUGAAAGACUCGAAGAAUAUCAUCUGCCUGUGCGUCACUCAGCCUGCUCGCUGGCUGCACAAGCUGAAGCAGUUGCUGUUGCUGAAUGUGAGAUAUCUCAAGAACUGUGUCAGUCCAACAACCAACAUCUCGCUCUCCCUUCGAUUCAUCGAGGUGUUCACCGCGAACGAGACCUACUUGAACCUGAACCAGAAAUGCAUGGACCUCAAAGUGGAUUUGGACGUGAAUAUGGCGUCGAAGAUCCUGGAGAACGUUUGGGACUUCGUCGUCAGGCGGAACUACUUCGCCGUCUUACGUCUGGUCCUGGAGAAUCGCGUUCCCGAUUCGCUGCUGUCUUCUGCCAGGCCCCCCACCCCCCUCGCCUCCACCCUGCUCGACCUCUUCUGCCGACCCCUGAUGGUCAACAGCGACAAGAAACUCUAUUUCCUGCAGAUUCUCCUCCAGGACGUGUUCACCGAAGAGUUCUCGCCCCAGAUCAGCUGUUUCCUGCUUCCUGCCUUGUCCAAGCACGAAAACGCGAUAUCCGUGGAUACCUUGCUGACGGCGAUUUACCGAGACAACCUCAUCUUCAGCUUCAGGGCAACCCCUUAUCUGCUGUACACGUUCAUGUACAUAAUCAACAAGCAGGCGUACAGCCUGACCGAACAGCAGAGUGCCGAGUAUCUGAUCUGCCUGCAGUCCCUCUUGCAGUGUGUGCCCUUGAGGAAGCAGAGGUCGGAGGACUGCGACUCUGACGACGGGGAGAUGGUCGUCGAGGGCAACGAGAUGCAGUCCCGAGUCCAGGAGGAGAUCAUCAACAUGGUGAACGACGUCAACCACGUCAACAUGAUAGUGAGCGUGCUCGAAGACGAGAAGGCCUUCAACCAGUGCGUCAUCGCCAUUUGCUGGCUGUGCCACUUGCUGCUGAAUCACCAGAAAGUGGCGAUCCUCAACUACCGCUUGCUGUAUACUUUGGCGUUCAAGCCCGCUUUCUUUAGACUCAUGUGGAGGUCCGUGGUGGGGAUCACCGCCCCUUCGGAAUACGGAAGCACCCCCCUGCUGCAGGCGAUCAGUCUGGGCGUCUUCUCGAUGUCUUCCAUCCAGGAGACUCUGAUGCUGCAGCUGACGGUCUUUUGUUCGCUGCUGAACCGCUUGCUUUCCACGCUCCACGACAUCGAAUUCUACGACCAGAACUCGAGCGGGAUCAAGAUGAUGCCCUUCAGCCUGCCGGAGAUGGCCAACAUCAGCGCGACCUUGAAAGACGUCUGCAUGGGACUGAUAGAGCUGGCCUAUCCAGACAAGAAGUCCAGCUUCAACCUGGAUUCGCUGAAGGGCAAGGGCUGGAAGGGUGCGGACCGGAACUUCCCCGAAGUGAAGAGGCUGGACCGGCUCUUCAGGGCCGUGGUCUCGCUGCUCAGGCAGCUGUAUUCCCGAGACUGCAGGCAGAAGUUCUGUCCCGACGGCACGUGGGUCGCCAGGCAGUAUCCGGUCUUCCUCGACCGGGUCGCAGACAUGUAUUUCGCCGACAGCAGGGGACGCUGGUCGCGGCCCUUCGUCGAUCCGCCGGAUUCGACCGGGGAGCCUCCGGAAGAGAAGAGGCCUCCCCCCUCGGCGGUCGAGGCCAGGCAGCUGGCGGUCCUGAGGGAGUUCCCCUUCGCGAUCCGGUUCCGGGAUCGGUACAGGCUGUUCCUCUCCCUGAUCGUCAAGGACAAGCAGGACAACCAGGGGGAGCUGGCCAACUUCCAGCUGGGCCCCCAGAUCAGGAUCACGAUCCGGAGGAACUUCAUCUACGAGGACGCGUCCACGUCCCUGUCCUACCAGAGCGAGCCCAACAUCAAGAUGCGGAUUCUGGUCCAGCUGGUCAACGCGGUCGGCCUGGACGAGGCCGGGAUCGACGGGGGCGGCGUGUUCCGGGAGUUCCUCAACGAGCUGCUGAAGAACUGCUUCGACCCCAACCGCGGUUUCUUCAAGACCACCAACGACCGACUACUGUACCCCAACCCGAACGUGCAGCGGGUGGUGCCCGACUUCGGCAGGCACUACUACUUCAUCGGUCGCAUGCUGGGCAAAGCCAUCUAUGAAAACAUGCUGGUGGAACUACCUCUGGCCGGGUUUUUUCUGGCAAAAAUCCUGUCCAGGCAGACGUCCGACGUGGAUAUUCAUCACCUGGCUUCCCUGGACCCGGUCAUGUACCGCAACCUGCUCUACCUGAAGACCUACGACGGUAACGUGUCGGACCUGGGGCUGGACUUCACGGUCAUGAACAGCGAGUUCGGCGAGAACGAGGUGGUCGAGCUGAUCCCGGGAGGCGCCGAGAUCCCGGUGACCGAGAGCAACCGCAUCAACUACAUCCACCUGAUGGCCGACUUCAAGCUCAACCGGCAGAUCAAGGCCCAGUGCCAGGCCUUCAAGGAGGGCCUGGCCAACGUCAUCGACAUGGAGUGGCUCUACAUGUUCGACCCCAACGAGCUCCAGGUCCUGAUAUCGGGAGCCCAGACGGCCAUCGACAUCGACGACCUUCGCAACCACACGACCUACUCCGGCGGAUUCUCCGCGAGCCAUCCCGUGAUCCGUGCCUUCUGGAAGGUCGUGGAAGGGUUCGACGAGAUGAGGCGCCGCCAGCUGCUGAAGUUCGUGACCAGCUGCUCGAGGGGCCCCCUCUUGGGGUUCAGGGACUUGUCCCCCCACUUCUGCAUCCAGAGCGCGGGGAGGGAGCUGCGCCUGCCCACGUCCUCCACCUGCAUGAACCUCCUGAAGCUGCCGGAGUUCGACAGCGAGGACCUGCUCAAGGUGAAGCUGAUCUACGCCAUGGAGUCCGGCGCCGGGUUCGAGCUGAGCUGAUGUGGCGCCGGUUCUUAUUCGUAGGUUACGUAAUGAUGAAUGCAGCUUUGGCCAAUGACCACGCGGGGGGAUAUCGUUGCAUUUCCG